AUGUUCAAGAUCGCCCUCUGCUUGUUGGCCCUGGCCAGUGGAUCUCUGGCCGCCAGCAUUGGCCAGGUGGACAGCACCACCGAGAAACGCGAGAUUGUGCCCCUGCUGAAGUUCGAGACAAACAAGAACCCCGACGGCUCCUUCCACUUUAGCUACGAGGGCGGUGACCAGUCCAUGCGCCAGGAGCAGGGCAUGAUCGAGAACGCCGGUACCGAGGACGAGGCCCUGGAGGUCUCCGGCAUGUACAGCUACAUCGACGCCGAUGGCAACACCGUGGAGGUGCACUACACAGCCGGCAAGAACGGAUUCGUGCCCAUUGGCACCAUCAUCCCCAAGGAGAUAACCGAGCUGGCUAAGUCAGCCGCCCUCCUGCCCAAGGUUCCCGAGGAUGAGCAGAAGUACCGCAAGGCCCGCUCCCAGGAACUGGAAAAGAAGGAGGCUGCUGUCGAGAAAGAAGCCGUUCCCGUCGAGAAGGAGGAGCCUUUGGUGGCCAAGGAAUCGGUUGUGGUGGAGAAAUCCGAGCCCCUGCCCGCCGAGUCCCAGGUGGUGCCCGUCCAGGUGGUCCUCGAUGCCGUGCCCGAGGCGGAGGUCAAGAGCGCCAUUGCGGCUGAGACCGAGACGGAGAAGAAGGUUGAGACCAAGACUGCCUAAGCUCCCCUAGAAACUAGACUACCCAAGUAUUGUUUAAUUUAAAAC